AUGCACACACCUGCACAGGCGGCUAUAGCGCUGGGCGGCGAGAACUCCAAAAAAGGAGUUGGUAGGUACGAGGCGGUGCAAGGCGACCAGGCCCGCGAAGGCGAGCUGUUUGGACUGGCCAAUAUGUUGGACCACACCUUACUGGUGGACCUCAACAAGACCAUCAUGGAACGGUGCGCCCGAGUAGACUCCGAAAAGGGACUGGACGAGGACGGCUACGAGGUGUAUGAGGAGUUGAAGCCGGUUGAUGGCGGGGAUGACAAAUCGUACAGCAACGAAGAGGAGAUUGAGGAUUUCGAUGAAGAUGACGAGGUGGACAGCCUAUCAGAUCCCAAGGUACAAGAACUCCCCGAUGGCUACGAGGUAGACACAGCCAUAGUGGAUUUGCAAACAGGAAAGCUCUCCGAAGCACAGAAGCACGACGCUGAGCUAGCAGAGUUGCUAUUGGACGAGAACGCCGUGGAAUACACAGGGGUACCCAGGGCAAAGCGACACAAAAGCGGUGAUGGGAAGACAGUGAAGGUGUUGUACAACAAGGAGACUAAAACAAGGCAGUAUCAACUGCCCAAUACAGAUUAUGUAAUCCGCAGGGGAGGUCAGCCUAGCCAAAUGACACGCGAUCUCUUGGAGAAAAUCGCGGGCACGAAACGCAAGGUACUCAUGUACCCACAGUCUCACACUGAUCCAACUCCACCUGUCACACGCCAACAGGACAUUAUGACUUUCAUGAUGGAGAUCAAAGACAUGAGUGACAAGGAGAUAGAACAGAUGGUAGAUGAGCACUACGGAGAAUCCUUCGAGGCAAUGCUAGCUCGCAAAAUCAAAUGGGACUCAGAACAAGGGCAUGCAGCUCACGACCCGCCCUGA